UAACUGCCUAUUAUCUGGUCCUUUGAAAGUGCAGAAUUGUUGUAGCUUUUUUUCUACUUCCUCGACUGUGGGCACUACAAUGUAAUACAUUACAUGUACAUGUAAUAAUUGCUCAUGUCUAAAUGCCUGAUUUUGCAACAUGAUGUUUCUAACUUCUUCUUGCCAGGAGCCAUGAACGUCACUCAGUCUCCACUGGGGAACAUCAGCACAUCGGAGGCCUGGCAGACACGACUCAGAGAGUUGCAGGGAGGCCUGAUGGUUGCGUCCGUGCUGGAGAUCCUGCUGGGGUUCAGCGGAGUGAUCGGGUUCCUGCUGCGGUACAUCGGUCCCCUGUCAAUCACCCCGACCAUCUCACUCAUCGGCCUCUCCCUCAUCCCCGUCACCGCAAACUUCGCCUCCAAGCAGUGGGGAGUCGCCGCCAUGACGAUGGUCCUGAUGCUGCUCUUCUCGCAGUACCUCCAGCGCUACAACCUCCCCUUCCCGGCAUUCAGCAGGAAGAGGCGGUGUCACGUGGUGUGGCUCCCCAUCUUCAAGCUCUUCCCGGUUCUGCUGGCCAUCCUGACGUCCUGGGCCGUGUGCGCCAUCCUGACGGUGACGGGCGCGUUCCCCUCCGAACCCGGCCGGCAGGGCUACCUGGCCCGGACCGACCUCCGGAACACCGUGCUGCAAACUGCGCCCUGGUUCCGCUUUCCCUACCCAGGAGAGUGGGGCCCAGCCAGCGUCUCCACCAUACUGGGCCUGCUGGCCGCCAUGUGUUUCCCCAAGUAG